CCUACCUACAUAAACUCCCAAGUUUUGAUAAACUUGACCAAUAAAGUCUCGUUUUCGUUGCAAAACGUUUUCCGUUUGAAGUAAACGGUUUCAGUAAAGAAGAAUGCGACUUUUUUUUACUGACGCUGUGGGACGUGAUAUUGCGGAAGAUACACACACACGCCACAAAUGAACUCUGCAAAGCACGUUGGUGGGUGUGAUAACUGCGGGCUGAAGUCUACAGCGGCGCUUGCCUGUCAGUGCCAGUGACGUGGAGAGGCAGAAGUCAAGCAACUCUUCUGAUUUCUCAAGACAAUAGAAGAUUCGAAAUUGGUAUUUAUUGUCGACUUGGCAUCGCGGGCAACCUUUAAAAGUGGACCUUAUUGCGCCAGCGAACGAAGCACGUGGCUUCACAGGGAGAGGGCAAAAUGCAAAAAAGCUUGUCAGUGUAUGACAGUCAUGGCUCAACAUUUGCACCUCUGGUGGUCAUCGAGUUGGUUUCGGAAACCAAAGAGGAAGCCAUCGCAUGGUUACUAAACAGGGUCAGAGACAAGCAGCAAGAUGGAGGGGCUGAGCUGCUGGUGGAGCAGCUGACUCCAGGGGCCCAGGGCACGGAGAAGGACAACCCCAAUGUGUAUGUGGUGGGGGCCUCCUGGCAAAGGCUCCUAUACGGAGCUGAGGAUGUGGGCCUCUUCAAGGAGUUCAACGACGGAUCCAUGAGAGGCUUCACGUAUGCCAACAAGCACAACUUCAAAGAGUUCCAAGGUGAUGGGGAUGGUUUUCUGAGCAUGGCAGAGUGUCAAUACAUCAUAAAACAUGAACUGGACAACCUGAGAGCCAAGGAUGAGGCCCACGUGCCUGGAUAUCCAAAGAUGAAACUGUAUCCAGGGAAGUCAGUCAUACGCAGACUGCAAUCAAAGGGGAUCCUUGUCCAAGUUUUCCCUCUGCAUGAGAAGGAGGAACUCAAAAGGCUUUCCUUUUCCUGGUUCAAAAAGAUCAAGUUGUCCUUCCAGCCUCUUGAUGACAUCAGGCACUACUUUGGUGAGGGUAUGGCACUCUACUUUGGUUUCCUGGAGUAUUUCACCUUGGCCCUGAUCCCCAUGGCCCUCAUAGGGAUACCAUACUACCUCUUCGACUGGGAGGACUACGACAAGUUCACGGUGUUCGCCGGCUUCAACCUGGUGUGGUGCACGGUGAUCCUGGAGUUGUGGAAGCGCCUCAGCGCUUCGCUGGCGUACGGCUGGGGCACCCUGAGCAGGAAGAAAGCCUUCGAGGAGCCGAGGCCGGGCUUCCACGGUGUCUUGGGCGUCAACCCCGUCACGGGGCGGGCGGAGCCGCUCUACUCAAACGCCAAGCGUCAGCUGAGGAUCUACCUGGUGUCUGUUCCCUUUGUGCUGCUGUGCCUCUACCUGUCUCUGUACGUCAUGAUGAUCUACUUUGACAUGGAGGGCUGGGCCUUGAUGAUCCAUGAUGAGGAUCCAACCUUCUGGACAGGACUGCUACUUUUUAUCCCCAGUAUUAUCUACGCUGUGGUUAUAGAGGUCAUGAACCUCAUAUACCGCUAUGCUGCAGAGUUCCUCACUGGCUGGGAAAACCACAGGCUUGAGUCAACAUUUCAAAAUCACCUGGUCCUUAAAGUACUGGUGUUCAACUUCUUCAACUGUUUUGCCUCCCUAUUCUACAUUGCCUUUGUGAUGCAGGAUAUGGUGCUUCUCAGACAGAGUCUGGCCACGCUGCUGAUAACGUCUCAGAUCCUGAACCAGAUCAUGGAGGCCUUCCUGCCCUACUGGCUCCAGAGGAGGAGGAACAAGAAGGCCCAUAAGAGGAUGAUAAAAACCAUGGAAGACAAGGAGCUGCCCCUCUCUGAGCAGGUCAAGCUGGAGGCAGACAUGAGCACCUACCUGGGAACAUUUGAUGACUACCUGGAGCUGUUCCUGCUGUUUGGCUAUGUCAGUCUGUUCUCCUGUGUCUACCCUCUGGCCGCGGUGCUGGUGGUGCUCAACAACGUCACAGAGGUCUACUCGGAUGCCUUCAAGAUGUGUAAGGUGUUCAAAAGACCCUUCUCUGAGCCUGCAGCCAAUAUAGGGGUGUGGCAGCUUGCCUUUGAGGCCAUGAGUGUGAUCGCCGUGGUGACCAACUGUGCCUUGAUUGGCAUGUCCCCCCAAGUCAAGUCCUAUUUCCCGGAGUCAGAGACACAGCUCAUAAUGUGGGUGGUGGGCUUCGAGCACUUCCUCCUGGCCUCCAAGUUCAUCCUGACCUUUGUGAUCCCAGACGUCCCCAAACACAUCCAGAUCAAACUGUCACGUCUGGAGUUUGAGUCCCUGGAGGCUCUGAAGAAAAGGAAAAUGCUGGAGGCCUCGGGGAUCCCAAAGACUGAUAAGUGAUGAGGAGAGAAGAGGCCGAUGGUUCAGAUACUGACAAGACGAAGAUGGGCUGAACUCCAGAUGGAACAUGCCCUCCCAACGGAGAAAGAUUCACAUAGACUGUUUUCUUUACAACACCUCAAUUAGCUCAAAGCUUAUUUAUGCAUAAAAUAUCCAAAAGUAAUUUUCUUUUUAUAUAUAUAAAUGGUUGGUUGUUAAACCUGGUAUUAUGCUCUUAACCUCUGCACUGUUGCCAGGUAGUUCUAUUUGUUUUGCUGAGUGUAGUGUAUUGCCUGCAGAUGUCUAUAGAACAUUACUGGAUGUGAUUAAAACAAUCAUGAAGACUAGCCUCUAAACUAAAGAUUCAGAUCUGACCAGAGAACAAGACUUUAUGUUUAUGUCCUCCGGAAACCACUGUUGGAAAUGCAUUGCUCCGUACCAAAUGUAAUGUUAAGGCAGGGCUUGACAUUCAGGUCAAUUUGCCAAUGGCACACGAGGCCGAAUGAAAGAAAUACUGGCACCAGUCAACAUCUGGCAGGCAAGUGAAUGAUGAGCAUAAAUUCAACAGCUAGUGAUUUUAUCUUUCAUUUGGGCUGAGCAAGUAGCCUACAGGAUUCAUACAGACAUUGGGAAGUCAAAUUCAAUGAUUUUUCAAGCAAUUAAUUGUAAUUCUGAAGGACUUACAUUUUAUAUUGAAUUGUCGUAGCCUAUCGAAAAAAUCCCCUCAAAACUAGUAAGCAAAAAAGUAUGCAGAGAGAGAAUCGAGAGAAUUAGAGAAUAAUGCACGUUUUAUUAAGCCUUCUAAAUGGCAUUAUGCAAUGACAUAAACAUACUUUACAUUCUAAAACAUGUCAGAAUAAAGUGGACAUUGCCUGA